AUGGACCAUUACAUUGGAAACCACAAGUAUCUACCUUUGAGAAGAGGUAUGCGAUGCUUAUACAGGAGCGAUGGAUCGCUCCCUCCAAAAGAUGCACCUGACCAUGUUCUAUUCCUCACCGAUAAAACUGCGAACUCUUACAUGGCAACGACUGGCGAUAUUCGAAUCCUCGAACUUCUCCCUGGGUCAUUCGCCGAUCCUCUACAAUGCCGAUUGCGUGUUGCGGCAAUCGAAAACAACCCAGCGUACGAUGCACUUUCGUACAUGUGGGGUGAUCCAUCAUUACCCAAGACUAGUAUUUACCUCGACGAUGAAAUUUUCCCUGUGACUCAAUCACUCGAAAACGCUUUGAGGCACAUGCGCCUGCAGGACAGCAUACGCUAUCUUUGGGCAGAUGCUGUGUGCAUCAACCAACGAGACAAAAAGGAGCGCGGGAAUCAGGUUUAUCUGAUGAAAUAUAUCUACUCUGGAGCCGAUACUGUGAGAGUCUGGAUUGAUGUAGAGCUUUCUCCUAAGGAUGCCGUUGUUCAAAAGCUCUUCACUCUUGAAGUGCAGGGACCCGUCAAUCAGUUGGGCGAUGAUCCCGAGUUCUGGAAAACGCUUCUCCCGCUUCUUCAGAAUGAGUACUGGGACAGGCUCUGGAUACAACAGGAACUUGUCUUCGCACCGAAAUUGGUGUUCUACUGCCGAGGGGUGGCUAUCCCCGGGGACUGCUUGAUGGCAUUUCAACAUCAGAUCUCCCGAAAAUUGACUGGUAGGGGACCAUUUGAUACCGAUAAUUCAUGGAGCUUUUUCAGACCGUUGGAAUCGACCGUCAAGGCUCCUUCGCGGAAUCUAGCCUAUUGGCGAGCGAUGAUGGAUAGCAAGGUGCCGGUUGAUCCACUCACUCUCGAACCGAAUCUUACUCUUUCCAUGCCAAAGACGGUAUGGCAACUUGAUCCCAAAAAAUGGGGCUCGCACCUCAGUACGAGCCCGAUUUACUUAUUCGGUAUGUUGCGGCAGUCACAGGCCUUGAAGUUAACGGAUCCAAGAGACCGGGUGAGAGCCGUCCUAAACCUAGUCAUCGACUAUCAAGACGCUGGUGAAGAAGUGGGUUACGAAGAAGAUCUUGCCAAAGCCUACCUUCGCCCUACUCGACUACUGCCAUGGAAAUGUAACGGCCUUCAAUUUUUGGCCAUGGCGAAAACUUGUACCAGUCCUGAUGCUGAAAUCAAAGGCUUACCUUCGUGGGCCCCGAACUGGAAUUCGCCGGGAAAGGCGGAAUAUUUCUUGAGUUCUUUCCAUGCCGCGGGAGACUUGCCCACAUACAAUAUGCCCUUUCUUCCGCACAAAAGGUAUGAUGAUAUUCUACACGUCAGGGGAUUUCAGUAUGCUAAGGUUGACCAAACGCUUUCAACUACCGAGAACGCCUCAAUUCCCUUCUUGGUAUUGUCAAACCUAUUCAUUGCAGUUGUAAACUCCCCCGUAUGCCACUAUGGCGAUAUCAAAAAGCUUGCAUUCACUCUCACUGGUCCAGCUAUGGCUGAGCUCCGCAUAGCCCGCGACUACUUUAGCGAAAGCGAAGCUGUUCUCUACACGGGCGUCUUGCUUGAUUACUCUUUCGUCACUCCCGGACUUCGCAUUGUCGAUCUGCUUCCGUAUGCAACAAAUUUAUACGAAGAUCCACAGAGGGAAUUGAGAUACGCACUACUAGCUUUGCGAAAGUUUCGUCCUCUUCGUCCCUCAUGUCUUCAUUGGCUCGACCUUGAAAAGGAAUCCGCUGCAGUUGAGAAGAUCGUAGACCAAACUGAGCACUUCGGGCAUUUCAUUCAGCUGGUGCAUAAGACUUUAUCCUCAGGAUGCUUGGCAUCUUUAUCUCCUAUCGCUACUCCUAAAAUCACGCCUACCAUCACUCUUGCUAUCACGGAAGGAAAGGCCUUGGUGAAACCUGGUGAUGAGAUAUGGAUACUGUUCGGCUGUCCAACGCCUAUGGUGCUUCGACGAGCCAAGCCAUACUUUCUUGUUGCCUCCCCCGCCUACGUCUUUGAUAUCAUGAAUGGAGAAACGAUGGAUGGGGUGAAAACUCCCGAUGACAAAUUCGGGGACUGGCCUAUGACGCGGAAAGCAAGAGAGAUGAAGCCCGCUUCUAGAAUGCCAUACGUUUCAGGAAAAUACAACUGGAAGGUGGAAGUAAUUUGCCUGCGAUGA